AACUCCAAAAAUCGUAAAACCCUAGCUACCAAUCAAUUCUAUAAAAUAAAAUAAAAAAAGUGAAACUUUUUGCCCAAAACAUACAACCCAAGCUACAAAUCCAAUCCAGUCUCCUUUUAUCAGAUAAAAUUCCAAGAGUUUUAGGUGUUUGUUAAAACAAGUAAUAUAGGGGUCUAAAUUCCAAAGGAAAUGGAAAAUUUGAUCCACUUGAGGCAUGUUUAUUUCGACAAGGAUAAGGAAGUUCCAUUUGGGAUGAGACGAUUGACUCGUCUGCAAACAUUACAUUACUUUAAUUUGGAUGAGGAAAGGAAUCAUGGAAUUGACGAGCUGGGUGGCUUAAACCAAUUAAAAGGUGAACUAUCUAUCUCAUCUUUGGAACUUGUGAAAGACAAAGACGAAGCGAAGAAAUCAAAUUUAGCAGGGAAAGAAAAUAUACGAAAGUUGACAUUAGCAUGGGGGUAUGAACGGGAGAGAAACGACAAGGUGAGUGAAGUUGAUGUACUAGAAGGCCUCCAACCGAACCGUGAGUUAGAAAUCUUAAAGAUUGAGAGCUUCAUGGGUGGCAAAUUAGCAUCAUGGAUGAUGAGUCUACUCAAUUUGAAAGAGAUCCGGUUAUCUUACUGCAGGGAAUGUGAAGAAGUCCCUCCACUCGGCCAUUUGCCAAAUCUUAGGCAUGUUGAAUUUGAAUCUAUGUAUAAGCUUAAAUGUGUGGGAGUUGAGUUUUAUGGUGCGGCUUUGUUUCCAUCAUUGAAAACGUUAGUUUUUAAUAAUUGUCCAGCUCUAAUUGAAUGGAAGGAAGUGGAUGUGAUUAAGCCAGCAGCGGUGUUUCCCUGCCUUGAGGAGUUGACUCUUUUGAAUUGCGGGGAAUUGAGAAAUGCUCCAAGUCGUUUUCCAUCUCUCCAGAAGUUGAAGAUACAUUAUAUUGACCAGGUCAUGGCAAUAGAAAAUAUAUGCAGUCAACUAACCACUCUCACUCACCUCGAAAUUUGUGGAGCCACAGAGCUUACUCGUCUGCCAGUAGGGAUGCUGGAAAACAACCACAAUCUUCGGGUGCUGCAUAUUGACCAUUGCAAUGAGCUUAGCCAUUUACCUGAUGAGCUACACACACUCCGUCUUCUUGAGGGGUUAACUCUAGAGAAUUGUCCUAGUCUAGAGUUCAUUCCAAUUACCACCCAGAGCCAGGGCAUGCCAUGUCUCCGCUUAGUGAAGAUUCAGAAUUGUGAGAAAUUAUCAAGCUGGCCGAGUGGGUUGGAAUAUUGCACCUCUCUUCAGGAAUUGCGUAUUGUAAAUUGUCAAAAUUUGAGGCAUUUACCGGUUGACGGGCUACAGACCCUCGUCUCUCUUAAGGAGUUGACUCUAAUUGACUGUCCCAGUCUAGAGUUCAUUCCAAUUACCACCCAGAGCCAGAGUGGGUUGGAAUAUUGCACCUCCCUUAGGAAAUUACAUAUUGAAAAUUGUCAAAAUUUGAGGCAUUUACCGGUUGAUGCACUACAGAACCCCGUCUCUCUUGAGGAGCUGUACAUACAGAAUUGCACUAAUCUAGAAGCUAUUCCCAAUUUAGACAACCUCACAUCCUUCAGUGAUUUGUUUAUUUGUGGUUGUGAUGGACUCACAAGUCUACCGAGGGGGCUACAAACUUGCACGUCUCUUAGGGACUUGGUAAUCUGGGAAUGCCCCAAUUUGAUCUCUCUGGCAGAUGAUAUAUCCAGGUUGCAAUCUCUUUCCACUUUACAAAUAGUUGAUGGUCGGAAAUUAAAAUAUUUGCCAACAGGGCUACGCUCUCUGACGAGUUUGGAAUGUAUGACAAUCGGUAAGUUUUGGGAAGAGCUCGAUUCUUUCCCUGAUUUUGAGCUUCCAUCACAAAUCCGAUGGUUAAAGAUCUCAGGGUGGCCUAAGCUCAAGUCUCUGCCUCAACAAAUUCAACACUUGACUACUUGUUUAGAAAAUUUGAAAAUAGUGUCUUUCGACAGCAUGGAGGCUCUUCCAGAGUGGUUGGGUAACCUUACAUCUCUUAUCUGCCUGGAUAUUAGGGAUUGUAAGAAUCUGAUGUAUCUGCCUACCGUUGAAGCUAUGCAACGCCUCACCAGAUUAAGAGAACUAGACAUUGAUGGAUGUCCCGGUCUAGAGGAAAUAUGUGCCAAGAAGAGCGGCCCAGAAUGGCACAAGAUUUCUCACAUCCCAUAUAUAAGAGUUGACGGAGUUGACCUGCCUAAAGAAUCGGAAUCUUCAAGUGAUGAUUCGACUCACUCAAAGCCUCACCAAACUAGCACAGUACUCAACUGUUCAUGUUUUUCAUGAAUGUUCCCUUCGGGGAGUAGCUGCAACUUUCACAUUGAAGCACAAAAAGGCUUUUACUCGAAUCAGAAAAACAAGUGCUGAGAAACAUUAGGUGAAAACUUUUUCCAUCCUGUUUGUUGGUUUUCAGAAGGAUCUUACUCAAUUGGAAGAACAAGUGAUGCGCAAAAGGUGCAAACUUAGUGCAGAUUUGGGGCUAACAUCCAUUUGAAGUGUAAACAGUCCUUAGAAGUUGUUUAUAAAAAUUUGAUGAAAUGGAGGGUUUACUGGAGUGUUGAGGGAACCUUGAAGCUUUCAGUGAACUAUCUAUUUGUAUAUGUGAGAAUCUGAAGAAUCUACCAGCAGUGGAAGCUCUGAAAACUUCCCCAAAAUGAAAAGAUGCACCGAGGAGAGCCAGUCGUGCAAGGAGAUACAUGGCAUAGUGCAGCCAAUGGUGUUUUUCAUAAUGCAGGUUUCAGCUAUAUAUGUGGCAUAUCAUAUCAGUUGUUGACGGCAGAGUCGAGAUUGAAGAAGAAACUCAUGCAUGCGAUGUGCUUGUGAUCUAGAACUUAUUGUUUUGGACAAUAUGAUUUGGGGCUCGCAUCCAUUUGAAGUGUAGACAGUCCUUAGAAGUUGUUUAUAACAAUUUGAUGAACUGGAGGAUCUACUUGAGUGAUGAAGGAACCUUGCAGCAGUCGAUGAACUAUCUAUUUGUAUGUGUGAGAAUCUGAAGUAUCUACCUGCAGUGGAAGUUCCAAAAUUGUCGCCAAAACGAAAAGAUGCACUGAGGAGAGCUGCCCGAGUGGCAAAGGUUUUAAUAAUCCUCUCCUUUCCAAGCAAGGACGAUAGUGCAUAAACCACAACUCACAUUCCAGCAGCAGAUUU